AAACAAUUAACAAUGGCACAUGACACUUCAACAAAGUCCUUUCCUCCAACGCUUCCCUCUUUCUCUCCUCGCCUCUCGCUCUUUUACGACCCACAAAGCCCACCCUUUCGCCGACCAUGUCCGUUUUCCUUUCUUCCCUCCUCUUCCAUUCCAUUCUCGUCUUCCUUGGAGUCGCAGCUUUUAACCGCCUACCCAGCUCCCAUUCUCUUCCACAACUCCAACCCAUUUCCUUCUCGAGUAGAGGUAGAUACGAUGAUAGAUGCGGGCAGUUCCAGCAAUUCCCAUUCCCCUUCCACUUGAACGCUUCCCUUGCUGCAAACUUUGACGCCUUCCGCCUUUCCUGCUUGAAUUCCACUUCGCUUUUCCUCACUAUCGCUUCUCAGAGCUAUCGGGUCCUCAAUUUUUUCUCCGAUGGUCUUCUCGUGGAUUUUCCCACCGACUCCUCCUGUCGUCGCUACUCCGAUUUGAACUCCUUUAGUUUCGAGGGGAAUGCCUUCUACGGCUUAUCGAUUGACAAUGUGAUUGGUUUAUACGAUUGUGACGAUUCUUCGGUGUGCAAAGCCGAUUGUGAGAAAAUUUUGUUGCCAGGCUGUGACCAGGACGGCAACGUUAGCAGCAGCAGCAGCAGUCUUUCUACUUGCUGUUACCCACUCUCAGAUCACAGCGUCUGGGAGAUCGGAGAUGGAUUCUCCGUGUUUUCGGAGUUUGGGUGCAGGGGAUUCUCCAGUUGGGCUGUUUCCCGUGGGGUGAAUUCGGGGAAGCGUGGGAUCAAAUUGGAAUGGGCCAUCCCUAUGAAUUCUUCUGACCGACUCUGCGCCAGCAACGCCUUCCUUGUCAACGCUACCACGGUUAAAGCUGGAAUUAGAUGCAUGUGCCAGAACGGGUUCGCCGGAGAUGGAUUUGCAGCGGGAGUUGGAUGCCUAAAAUCUUGCACGAAGAGUGGUCAAGAAGCAUAUGGGGAGGACUGUUACAUCAAAAGACAUAGCAAAAAGAAAGUGAUAAUCCUAGCUGUAGGUUGCCUCACUUCGGCAUUCAUUAUCGCCUCAUCAGUUUCACUUUAUGCUCUAUUAAAGCGUCCAAUCAGGUCCAGUUCAUUGGACCAUGAUCCAGCUGAUUCUCAGGGUACCAUUUCAUUCCAUAAGGUCUGUAAGACGAGGUUAUUCACAUACAGGGAACUAGAGGAAGCUACAAAAGGAUUUGAAUACAGCCAGAAACUCGUAGAUGGCACAAAUGGAACAAUUCAUGCUGGGGUUCUUGGUGAUGGAUCACAUGUGGCUGUCCAAAAGGUGCAGUGCGAGAAUGAACGGGACUUCAUGUUGGUUUUGUCUCGAGUUGAGGUUCUGUCUACAGUUGCACACAGGAAUGUGGCCCGUAUCCUAGGAUGUUGUAUCGACUCAGACUAUACACCAUUCAUUGUCUACGAGUUCUCUGCAAAUGGUAACCUGGAGGAACACCUGCAUCAAGAGAGAGGGCAAAAAGGUUGUCUAGACUGGUACAUGCGUUUGAAAAUUGCUGCAGAAACAGCUAGUGCUCUUGCAUACUUGCAGUGUGAGAUAUCUCCUCCCAUUUACCACCGUUGUCUCAAAUCCAAUUGUAUCUUUCUAGACCAGGAUUAUUCAGUCAAAGUGGCUGGGUUUGGGCUACUAAACUCCAGCAUCAGAGAUGGGUCCUGCUUGGGCCACAAUUUUGAAGGUACACAUUUCUAUAGAGGUGAUGUGUAUGACCUUGGAGUGGUUCUGCUGGAGAUAAUUACAGGAUCAAAACAUGUAGAUCUUCCAACCAUGGCUCUCACAAAGAUAAGGAGUGGGAAGCUAGAGGAGAUCGUUGAUCCGCUACUUUAUUAUCAUGAGCAGCCGCCAUGUUGUCGAGAACAAAUCGAGAUAGUUGCAGACCUAGUGACACGGUGCUUAUUGUUUGGUGGGGAUGGUAGAUUGGUUAUGGUGGAUGUGGCUAGCGAGUUGGUACACAUCACAAAAGAGAACUUGGAUGGUAACAACAAUCGGAGGGGACCUGCAUUGGAGGAAACAUUCUCCAAUUCCAGCCUUCUGCAGAUGAUCUCGAUGUCUCCUGAGUCUAUUUAUGUGCCCUGAUCAUCAUCAAUUCUUGUUGGACCGACCGUGAUCAUCCAGCAACUUUUUGACUUGAUGGAUCAGAGAA